AUGGAAGAUGACUGGGAGGGUGAGUUUACAUACGUAGGAGUAAGAGGAUGUACGGUUAUAGAUUAUGUAAUUGUAAGCGUAGAUAUAAGAGAUAGAAUUUAUAAGUUUAGAGUAGGGGACAGAGUGGACUCGGACCACAUGCCUUUGGAGAUGGAGUUCAGCGGGGGAGAAGAAGAAAUGGAUCUAGAAGAAGAACAAAAACAAGAGGAAGAAGAGAAAGUAAAAAUAGAAACGAUUUUAUGGGAUGACGAGGCGAAGGUGAUGUACGCAGAAAGGACGGAGGAAUUGUGUAACACGGAAGAGCUGGAAGAAAAGGAAUCGGACACAUUAGAAGAAGAAUGGGAAAAGAUAAAGAAGAUUGUAAAGGAAGCAAUGGUGAAGAUAAGAAUAAAGAGAAGGAAGAAAGAGCUGGGUCAUAAAGAUUGGUGGGACAGAAGCUGCACCAGAAAGAAGAGAGGUAAAAAGAAUCUACAAGAAAUGGAGGAAAGGACGAAUAGGAAGAGACAGAUAUAUGAAGGAGAAAAGAAAUCUGAAAGAACUGCUAGAGAAGAAACAAGAGGAGAAGAGAAGAAAGGAAGAGGAGGAACUGAGAAGGAUGAAAAAUGA